CAAAAGAGAGAGGUGGUUAAGUAGAGAGAAUGGGGGAGGCAGUGCACGGUAACAUGGGACCGCAUUGUCGCAACGGACGGCCGGCGCAACGGCCGCGCGUAUUCUUGCGCCCGCGCACGCACGCGUCACCGACCGACUCUCGACAGAGUCGCCGAUACACGACAUUUUCGAAACGUGAUAACAAAAAUCUGUGUUUACAGUUUGCAUUAGCGAUAUAGAAUGUCUUAGACACCGAUGACAAUGAUUAUGCGGUCGCACAUACCGAUAUAAUGGUAAAUUAAUAAACAAAAACUCAGUGAAAAAAUAACAAGAUGGGUAGUGGAAAGUUCGGUUUUAACGUUAAAAAUUACAAAGUGAAAACUGGAACUGAUGUCAAGACUGAAAUUAGUGUUAAGGAAAAAUGUCAGAAGAUUCAGAAGAAGCUAAAGACAAUGGAAAAAAAGAAGACUGAUGUAGACGCACGGGAAAAAACCAUCUGGUGGAACCAAUGCAACAGCUUAAGCGAGAUCGACCAGUACCUAUGGAUGGUAGGUGGUUCAGCAGGCGCCCUGGCACUGACGGGCGUCGCUGCUGCCUCGGCCUUCUACCUCAGCACGAGACCCAAGCCGGAGAAGCCGCUCGUGACGCUGCACGAGCAGAGCCUUUUGGAGCCGGGACCUGAAAUGGUACGAGUGUCAAAAUUUUACAAAGAAGCAAAGAACGGUCGUUUCUUACGUUAUUUGCAUGAAGAUACACGCACACUUUUCGAGACGUUCCGGCGCGGUGUGAAAGAGUCAAAUAAUGGUAAUUGUCUCGGUUGGCGUGAGGGACCAAACAAGCCAUAUGUGUGGCAGACAUACAAUGAGACUCUGUUGCGAGCCAAGAACUUCGGCUCAGGGCUUAUAUGCCAAGGCCUCGCACCCGGACAAAGUACUUUUGUUGGUAUUUAUUCACAGAAUUGUCCGGAAUGGAUCAUGACAGAACAGGCGGCGUACUGCUAUUCAAUGGUUAUAGUGCCGUUGUACGACACGUUGGGUGCAAACGCAUGUGCCUUCAUUGUUAACCAAACUGAAAUGGCCGUUGUCGUAUGCGAAGACGACAAAAAAGCCAAUCUACUAUUGGACCAGUCGCCUCGCUGCCUCAGGAAGUUGAUCACAAUCAAAGAGGUGUCGCCGUCCACUUACCAGAGGGCGAAGAGUCGAGGUGUCGAGAUCUUGAAGUUCGCCGACGUGGAAUUCCAAGGCGCUCAGAAGGACCAUCCGUGCGUCCCACCAAGACCGGAGAACUUAUGCACAAUCUGCUACACGUCCGGCACUACCGGCAUGCCCAAGGGCGUGAUGCUGACGCAUGAGAACGUGGUCGCGUCCAUGUGCAGCGUCACCAUGCAACUCGGCGAGCACCGGCCCACCAAGCAUGACGUCAUGAUCUCCUUCCUGCCACUCGCGCAUAUGCUCGAGCGGUGCUGCGAGAACGCUCUCUACAUGGUGGGAGGAGCUGUCGGUUUCUACAGUGGCGACAUCAGAAGGCUGGGCGACGACCUGAGCGCGCUGAAGCCGACCAUGCUGCCGGCGGUGCCGCGCCUGCUCAACAGGCUCUACGAUAAGGCACAGUCCGAGGUCGCCAACUCGAAGAUCAAGAAGCUGCUGUUCAACAUGGCGCUGUCUGCAAAGGAAUCGGAAUUGAAAAGAGGUAUAAUCCGAAGCGAUUCCAUCUGGGACAAGUUGGUAUUCCGCAAGGUGCGCGAGGGCAUGGGCGGCAGGCUCCGCAUCAUGGUGGUGGGGUCGGCCCCGCUGGCUGGCAACGUCCUGACCUUCGCGCGAUGUGCCCUCGGAUGCCUGAUCGUGGAAGGCUACGGUCAGACUGAGUGCACUGCGCCGGUGACUCUCACGGUUCAGGGGGACCACGUGCCCGAACACGUCGGGCCUCCCGUCGCUUGUUGCAAAGUGAAGCUAGUGGACGUGCCCGAGAUGGAGUACUACGCGGCGCAGGGGCAAGGCGAGGUAUGUGUGCAGGGCGCCAACGUGUUCAAGGGCUACUUCAAGGAGCCGGAGAAGACGCGCGAGGUGAUCGACCAGGACGGCUGGCAUCACACCGGAGACGUCGGAAAGUGGCUGCCGAACGGGACACUCAAAAUUAUCGACAGGAGAAAACACAUUUUCAAGCUGUCGCAAGGAGAGUACAUAGUGCCGGAGAAGAUCGAGAAUAUUUAUAUUAGGAGUCAGUAUGUGGAGCAGGUUUUCGUGCACGGCGAGUCAUUGAAGUCGUGCGUGGUAGCCGUAGUGGUACCCGACGUGGAUGUGGUGAAAUGCUGGGCGCUGGAAAAUGGCAUCAAGGGCACCUUCUCCGAGCUGUGCGAGGAUGAGCGCAUCAAGAAGGUUAUUAUGGAAGACAUGCUGCAGUGGGGCAAGAACGCAGGACUCAAGACUUUUGAGCAGGUGAAAGAUAUAUACCUGCACCCAGAUCCGUUCUCGGUACAGAACGGCCUGCUGACGCCCACGAUGAAGGCGAAGAGACCAGAAAUUCGCAACUACUUCAAACCACAAAUAGAGGACAUGUAUAAGCAACUCGAAUAACAGUAGCGAACGCAGUGCACUGACUUAAUUAUAAGGAUCACGUACACUUGAAGCAGGGUCUUUGCGGACGACUGUAAUGUAUGUUCGAAAGAUGAUGCGAUGAACUGAUUUUGAUAAGAUUAACAUUUUAUAUCGUUUAAGCGUCGCCCACGCGUUAGAAAUAGUGUUAAUGGUAUGUUUUCAUGUUCAUAACAAUGGAAUACUUUGACGUGUUUGGAUUGAUUUAUGUAAUAUAAAAUAAGAAUAUUUAAUAAAUAUAAAAGCGAUAAUAAAGCUAUUGGUUUUAAUGACAAACAUGGUCCUCGUAACAGUAUUAAAGAUGAGAAAGUUAAUCUUACCAAAAUUAGUAAUGAUUUUAAUGAAUUAGGAGAAACGUGAUGUAAACAUCACGAAACUAUAUAUGCCGAAGCGAUGUCACUAAUUUAUCACUUUCUGAAUGAUGAGUAUUUAUUGCUGUGAAUCUGUUUUAAGAAAACUGAAUUAUAAAAUUCAAAGAAUUCUGUGUACUAAAAGCGAGUGAAUUACUGAUAAAGUUACUAGGAUGUUAAAAUAUCAUAGUAGUUUGGACUAGGUAGUAGUGAAUCAGUUUGUGACUUCAUUAGUAUUGGUCUAACAGUAAAUUUACAGGUUUGAUGGUAAAUCUGAAGAAUCUGUAAGUGAUAAAUUAAGUGAAAUUCCUAUCACAGUACAAGUUGACGAUAGCUGUAGACACUUUUCACUUUGCUAAGCUUGUAAUAAAAACACUUUUUAAAAAAACUGAAACAAAACUAAUUGUAAAAUAAUUUGUAGAUUUGGAAUUGUAAAUAAUCCGAAUAGUUUGUAGUAAAAUUUUCUUAAUGCAAUAAAAUUGAAUAUACGGAAACCUCGUUUCUUACACGGUCAAUUAAAGACAGGUAUCUUCCAAAAAAGCAUUUUGCAUACAAUGGACUUGUGUUUUAUUAUUUUCCUUAUUUAGAAAAUAUAUUAACUUGUGCUAUUAAAAAACAUUAAACAAUUUCUAGCAACAAUUAUUUGGAAUAAAGUACUAUGUCAUUUGGUACUAAAAAGAAAUAAGUUUGUUAUAAAUGCAAUGCAAUUGAUCUUGUAUUCUGAAUCCUGAUCAGUGAUUGUCAACUGGAAUACGGACAAUACGUUAUUUUUAAACGAUAAUAUAUGCAUUUUAUGCUGAUAUAAUUUAAGUAUCGAUCAGGUUCUACCGUUUACGUUUGUAGGAUUAAGUAAAAGAAAUAAGCAAUAUAAAUAUUUCGACCCAAACAAUUUUGAUGGCGUUUGAAAAGGUAGUUUUAAUGAACACAAUACAUUAAUUGUGCGGAGUUGUACGUUUCUCGUUAUAAUACGAGUAUAUUCAUCAAAUUUUGUUUUCUAAUCAACGUACUAAAGGUAUGUCCUUAGGCGUUCGCCCUGCGAGCAUUCGAUAACGAAUAUUGAUAUUGUAUUUAUGAAUUUGCCUACACCAAAAUCAGACGUAAUUAUGAUGUCUUCAUGAACCAAAUCAAUGAGCUGGUGCUCGUUUUAGGUCUUUGUGCUCGAGUACUUCAAAGUGAAACUCAAUGAACUUACGUCCGAAUGCUCGUAACAGAAUGCUCUCUACGUAAAAUGCUCGCGGUGACGACGCCACGUAACAUUUUUGUUGCUCGGGAGAAUGCGUUUCCGAUUCAUGAGUAUAUUUUAUAUAGUAAAUAAAUAUUAACUUAUUUCAAACUGAAACUAUCUAAACGGAAAUCAAAUUACAAUUGCGAGGAUAACAGGAAUAAAACUAGAUGCCUAGUUGAAUUAUAUGAUAACUUUUCUAUACAAGUAUUAAUGAAAUAAUUCUAGAAGUUAUUUCAUUUUUAACAAAUUAUAUUGCAAGGUAACAGCAAUUACCAUAGCUUUAAUAUUAGGCAAGCACUUUUCGCCAUACCAGAGCCUCGGAUUAACGUUACAUAAAAAAUGCCUAUGCAAUAGUUAUAAGUGAUAAAAAUGAGUAAAUUGUUACCCAGGACUUGACGCGUAUCUGUACGAUAAACGGACGCGCAUACAAAAAAUUAAAUGCUAAGUUUAUAAGCCACAAUCUUUCCUUUCUGUUACUCGCUAAGUGUUUUAUUUCUUUUGUUUUGCAAUGUUUUGUGUGUGUGACAGAAUGAGUGUUGCGUCUGAGAUUAUUUCGAUAUGUUUGGGUGAAAAAUAAUGAAGUUACGGGAAACGUCGUACAUGACGAAAGUAUUUUAUUAUUACGAUGUAAUUUUGUAACUUCUAAUGCAAUUGAACAUGUUACAAUUUCAAAGCUGAUAUCGAUAAAAUACUUAAAUAUAGUUCUAAACUGUAGUUUUUACCGACAUUAUGAGUUGACUGAAAUAUACUGAUAUAAUCUCAGAUUAUCGUUGAUGUUGCCGUGAGAGAUUAGUGAGUUUUUCACGAUAAAAAUAAAUAUACUUAGUAAUAAUUAAUCCUAGGUGAAACUCGCACCGUGUAGUGUAAUUUUAUAUUCUUAAUAAAUUGAUUGAUGCUUUGUGCAAACGUUGUAGUUUCGUGUUGUUCAAACCAAAAUUUUGUUGUUAUUGGGCGAGUACUACAAUAAUUUAUUUUUAAAUAAAAUUUUCAAAAAUG